AUGGCAUCACGUUUCUUUGUAGCCUCAAGCUCAGAUUAUGACGAGGAAGAGGAGCAACAACAACAGAAGGAAGAGGAGGAAUUAGAGGAAAAAGAGGAAAAUCAGGAAGAAGCAAAAGAAAAUAAGCAAAAAUCGAAUGUUGCUAAAUUCUUUGAUGAUUCCUGGAAAUCAAGUGAAAAGCGCGUGGUUCGGUCAGAAAAGCAAAAACGUUGGGCGGAAUUAGAGUUCGCAAUCAACAAGGUUCUUGAUGAACUUACAUAUGCUAACUUCAAGACAUCAUUCGAAGAAUUCCAAUCACUUAUGAAAUUACAUAGCAAGUCACAGAAAGCUAUCAAGCAGCAUGGCUAUCCAAACUUUUUCAUCCGCGGCGCUUCUGAUAUUCAGCAGCAAGUUAAGGAUUUACUUCCAGAUAACAAAGAUCUUCGUCGUUUCGCACAGGAACUCGAAAAGUUUGUCGUACCAUUCCAAGACAAAUUGAAUGAAUUCGCUGAACAUCCAGAGAAUUUCCAAGAUGAAGAGGAAGAAGAGGAUGAAUUCCAGCAGGAUGAUGACGAUGAUUUCGAGGAUGAUGCUGAUGCCGACGAAGGUCCAGGAAAGUGGUUCAUUAAGUCAGAUGAUGACAAUGAAGAAAAGAAUUCCGAUGACGAUGAAGACAAGGACGACAAGAAGGAGAAGAGGAAGAACAACAAUAAGUCCGAAGUUGAUUAUGCCGAGAUGAUUGAGCAGCGUCUUAUGGCUUCAAAGAAUGAAGUUAUUACAGACCAAACAGCCCGUGAAGAGCUUGACAAGGACAAAUUGUCUCGUUCCAAGGGUAAAGUUAUCACAGAUACAGAGCGUCUUUCCAUUCUUUUGCAUCGUGUCGAAGAUGAGAAACUCAAGAACGAUAUCCAGCUCGAAAUCUGCUUUACGAUCAUGCAGGGAUCAUCCGAGAAGGCUAUUCCUCUCACAGACUGGCGUCUUGUCCUCAAUAUCUUACCAAAGUUCAGAAAGCCAGAAGAAGCAGAGAUGUUGACCCCACUCUUCGAGCGCCUUUCCCGCGAUUUCUGGGCCAGGUCUGUUGAUCCAAGAACUACAUUCAAUCCGGAGACAAAUCAGCUCCACCAGCUCCAGGCAGAGUUCAAUACAUCUCUUACAAGAUUCUGCGAUCUCCUUGAAGCAGACAAGAAGUACGCUUUCGUUAUCCGCCUUCAAAUCAUCAUGCUCGAAAAUUGCUACCACGAACUCGCUCCUUCCUUCGAAGAUCGUAUCGCCAGACGCGCAAGGAUGUCUGCCGCCGAAGUCGCUGCAGAAGAAACAAACCAAAAGGAAGGUCUUCGCGCCCGUACACCACGUGAACUUCUUCGUUCCAUUUUACUCAAACUUUCCGAAGACGAAGGAAUGUUCGAUGCCAAUACAACACUCUCCCUUAAGGUCAGAGCUUCUCUCUACUACGCGAUCCAUCUUGCAUACAAUGGCCAUCCAAGACAGGCCCAGCAGUUGGUCGGUGUCCUUCCAGACAUUCCACCGGAGUUACCUUUCGUCCGCAUCUUGAACAACAGAGCAUUCGCAGAGAUCGGCAUCGCAGCCUUCAUGACAGGCGACUACAGAACAGCCUACAACUCUCUCAAAGGCUUCACGAAGAAUCCAGUUGCUUCCAACGCAAUUCUCGGCCAGCACCCAAGAAUUUACGCUCCAUGGCUCAACAUCGAUCCAGCAGCACUCGAAGCUUAUCAUUACAUCAGUGCAAUGAUGCUCGAUAUCCCUGCUCUCACAACAUUCAACUACGACGACCAGGUUCUCCUCAUCAACGGAAAGACACAUAAGGAGCUCCAGAAGAAGGUCGGAAUCACCGCAUGCCCAGAAAGUAUCUUGGACAAGAUCGCAGUGGCAAUCGAGAGAUGCAAGCGUGGUGAGUGGCAGCUCGCAAGAGAAACACUCAAGUACGAGAUCGAGAGAUACAUUCCAGACCCAAGAUUGUUCGAGAGAGACCUCAAACUCAUGUCACUCUGUUCUUACUUGCUCACAGCAAAUCAGUACUACGACGCUGUUGAGAUCAAGACUCUCAAGAAGCAGUUCGACUUGGAGUAUGAGAUCGAUGAGAAGACAAAGGAGAAGGUCAAUUCAAGAGAUGUCGAGGACUGCUUGAGAAUGAUGCACCAGGGAAGAUCACCAGUUGUGAACGCAAAUAUCAUGUUCCAGGCUGAGUUUGAUAAUGAUUACGUUAAAUUCGCUCUCAAUGAGAAGGAAACAAUCCUCGGCGAAUACGGCAGAACAUUGUCUACAAAGGGAGAUAUGCUCCAGAAUGAUCUCAUUUUACUUGAACCAACUUCUAAUGCAUACUAA